CGCAUGCGCGUUGUGCCGACGCCAUCUCUGAAUACUGUACCUAUUAUGUUCUUGUUCUUGAGUAAAUUGAAUGCUAAUUUGUGGUAAAAACUGUGAUUUAACCAUGGAAUCUCUGUGCCGCGAGUGUUUUUAAGUGAUUUGUAAAAAGCAUUCACGUGGGAGAACGCCAUCGCGAGGCCCCCGUUGUCGGCGGGUCAUAAUCUUGCGGAAGUUUCAUAGCUGUAGCAACGCAUAUUUUUUGCGGCUACCACCGCCGCGGUCACCGUACGAACUUAUUUAAUGGACAGUAUUCAUCGAUUACUCUAGUGUUCGAGCACCGGAGAUAAUUGCUAAGUUUUGUCUGAUAUGAAUUCAGCUCUAAAGACUGUACUGCCCCAACCUGGGGUACCGCAGCCAGGAGGCCAGUCUAGCCCCGCUAAAGGGAACGUGGCAAACGCCAAUCACAGUGUCGGGCUUCCUCAGGGCGCACAGAACUCAUUGCAUCACGGAACUAACAACCUCGUCGGGCAGAACUUGACGCACCACGCACCGGCCGCGCCACAACUCCCUCCGCACCCCGCGCCCUCUAUGGCGCCAGUCUCCGCCAACAUGGCUCAGAUGGCACAGAACAUGAGUCACCAUGGCAACCUUUCACAUGUCUCCCAGAACUCCGUAACACCUACAAACAUGGCAGCCAGCCCAAAUAAGAGUGCUAGCACUAGUGCUCCACUCAGCCUGGUGCAGGACAAGCCACAACCCCUAGCUCUUACACGGACCCCAGAAAAGAAGGAACCUGAUUCAGCUGGACACUCAAAUGGCACUGUAGAGUUGCCUAAAACAGCUUCCAAUGCCCCUGCUGCACUGAAGCCUCAGAACCCAGAACCUAAUAAAGAGAAGCAAGAUAUUGCUAAAACAUCACCAAGUACUCCAAAGCCUCCUGAAAAGCCAGUCAGUGCACCAAGUACUCCACAAAAACCUGACGUGGCAAUUCCAGCUAGUUCAACUGAUGGACCAAGUCAACCUAAAGUAGCUACUGCCAAUGAGGCACCAGAGAAGUCUCCAUCUAAGCCUAGUGAGCCAAAACCUGCUCCUACUGCUGAUGUUGCACCAACACAGAGUGACAGCAAGCCUGCACCUGAAGCUGCUAAUGACUGUCAAUUAAAGGAAGAUAAGAAAGAACCUGAGAAGGCACCUACUCCUCAGAAGGUGGAGGCUGCUGUGGCUGAGAGUGCCAAAACAGAGAGCCCUGCCAAGCCAGAGGAGAAAAAAGAAGAACCUACUGUUUCAGCACCAGCACCAGCACCAAGUGUCACAGACGAGAAAAAAGAAGAAGUCAAACCAGAGAAAAAGGAAGAGAUUCCAAGUGAACCGGCUAAGAAAGAAGAGGUUGCUGAGAAACCAAAACCAGAUGAGAAACCAGAGGAAAAGAAAUUGGAAACCAAGGCUGCAGUUAAGGAAACUAAGACUCCUGUUAGAUCCACUUUGAAGUUGGCCACUGUUACUCCACCCAUAAGGAAGAGGAGACAGGCUUCUCCAAAAGCCAAUGAGGGCCCCAGUCCGGCAAAGAAAUUUGCGGAAGGUGACUCCACUCCUGACUCCAGGACUAAGAGAAACAGGAUUCAGGUGCAAUUGUACCAGUCGCCGACUCCGGAGCUGGCGAUGGCGACCAAGCUCUCCGCCUCGGCCGGCCGCUCCACGCCGACCAAGCCAAACGACGAUAAACUCAUUGUCUUUUACAAGAACGAGUACUUGGCCGUCCGCAACGCCGAGGGCGGCUUCUACGUGUGUCAGACUAUGCAAAAUGUGUACCGCACUACUCGCAAGAUCAAGAUUCGCUGGCUGUCUCAGGACAAGACCGAUCCGUCGGGCGAGACUUAUAAGCCGGACUUCUAUGAUACUACAGACAUGGAGUGCGUUCUGACCACGCUGUCGCUGAGCCGCGCGGCGGGCGGCUCGGGCGCGCAGACGCUGACGGCGGCCGAGCAGGCGCGCGCCAGCUCCAUCCUGCAGCGCGCGCUGCGCGCCGAGCAGAGCGGCGCCAACCACAUCGAGCUCACCGAGGAACACCCCGAUGGACUGGACCUAUCGCUAUACACCGACGAAUCUCAGCUGGAGAAGAAAUCUCGCAAGCGCACCUCCAGUUUCAAGUCGUCGCCACGCGCCAAACCCGACGCCGUUAGCGAGACUGCGGUGGAAACACCAUCGCCUGCUAAAAAGGCGCGAACGGCACCAAAACGCAGUCCGAAAAGCGCUCGCAAAUCGAAAGCUACUCCUCCAAAACAAAAUAAUAAGAGAAAAUCGACAGGUAGUACGCCCACUGUGGCGAGCACAAGCAAGGUAGGCAUAGUACAACGGAUAUAUAGAAAUACGGCAACAGCUGUAACUGAGAAAGCUAAAGGCAAAAGCACACCGAAACGUACGCCCGCCAAGGCCACUAAGGAAAGGGAGAUCCCGGUAGCUACUGUCACUCCAACGCGUAAGGGAAGGCGGUCUACCACCGCUGUGAAAGAGAGCAAGCCUGCGCCCGCGCCGCAGCCGUCGACGUCGACGGGCAAGGCGACCCGCGCGCCGCGCAAGCCGCCCGCGCACAAAAUUAAAUAAUACUCGCCCCGCGACUGCACACGCGCCGAGGCACGAUCGGACGCUUCUCCAUAUCUGUCACUGCGGAAAUAGAGUACAAAGCGGUCGGACGAGUCUCUACUAACUCUAUUGAUCGACGUUGAAGAACAUUAAUCUGUCUAUGGAAAACUGCACGAGACGACUCGGUCUGAAUUUAUAUAUUAGUCGGACUGAAGAAACGACGGCGUCUGUUGAAUCCGAUUCUUUAGAUGAACUAAUUUUCAGGUCUAAAGUAGGUAAGUAGGAAUGAAAAUAUUUUUAGAUUUUUCACAGUAUCAACACCGGUAAUGGACUGAUGUAGGACUGGCAGCUAUUUCGAGGAGUCACAAAUAAAACGGUUCUACACUCUGAACUUUGAACAUGUCUACUCGAUCUUCUGUCGCGCUUUUUUGUUACGCUCUUAGUCCCGCGCAGUUUCUUCAGUCUGAUUGAUGCGAGAUUGGUCGUCUGACGAUUACGUAACGAUCAUUAGAGUAGACAUUGAAAUCUUACCACGACGUUUAAAACACAUACCAAACCAGAGUUGUAACCGAGCAAAACUAAUGUACCAACUCACGUGAUUUGCUGUCGGCCUUAUGUAACAAAACAGCGCCUUUACUUUUUUUUAAUAAAUAAAAUGUUUACUUUGUGCACUCUUUUAUGUUGUCCAAAAAUAUUUUGGAUUUUAUUUUCUCUAAAAAUUCACAUGACGUUAAAAAACGGACUUUAAUUAUGCAUAGAAUAAGAGACUAGAAACGAAAUUUGGCCGUCGUGGGUCGUUGGUAUUUCAUGUCCUCUUGGGAUAGCAUAUAUUAUUCUAAAACUAAACAAACUAAAAGCUCCCAAUAAUUUGCAUAUACCAGCUAAUGUGGUUUUUUUGUUCGUGACUACUCUAGUGAACGUUUCCACUGUUGACCGCGUAUCUAUUAAAAGAUUUUUUUUUUGUAUGAAUCUUUUCUGUCUGCAUAAUCAUGUUAUUUUACUUGUAACUCUUACUUGUAAUGUCGGAAAAGUUUUGAACUUGAUUAAUGUUUUCAUAUUUUGCAAAAUGAAAGUACAUUAUUGAUAGUCAUAUAAUUAAGCGCAACAUGGUGAACUUCAGCGGAAUAUUUAAAAUACUAUCUUACUUAUAAGUCUAAAAUGAACAUUGCUCAUAGACAAAGGAGAUCCGUACUAUGAAUUUAAAUUGUUUGGUUACACCAUUUGUUUAUAACUUCAAAUGAAUUUGUGGAAUCCUUCAAGUUGCCCGUUUACUAAGGCAUUAUUUUCUCCUUCAUCUUUCAUACUAAGAAAAUGUGAAGCAAUAAUUUUAAAAAUAUGUGAAAAUCCAUUUGAGUGUAAUUUUCUUUUAUAUCGGUGUAUUACAUUUUUCUAACGUUUGGGGAGUAAGUAAUCGGUUGAUACUAACAUGAAUUAACUAUUAAAUCGUAAGGUAGCGUUCACUGUAAAUAUUUACAAUUUAUUAAUAACAAAAAUGUUAACAGAUUUUUUUUUAUAAGAGGUUUCGCCACAUUUGUUUGCGUUAGCGGUUGGACAUACUUCGAUUUGAAACAAUUGACUUGAAUACAUAAAACAGAUACGCGUACGGAGAUAGAAGGAUUUUGAAAAGACGGUUGCUGUUGCCUUUAUGUUACAUAUAAGAUUACGUAGUGUUCUCUGUAGAGAUGCUUGGAAUAGGUUCUCACAGAAGGCAAAUAAAUGUGGCCGGCGAUUACAUUGGCUCGUAUUGACGUUAUUAUAUCGAGAGGUUUCGCCUCCGUGUUAGGCAAUAGAUUUAGAAACUUUUUUUAUUAGACUAGGCUAUAACUAAAAUUGAAAAUUAGUGCGACGAAAAUCUUGUAUAUCAGUACAAAGAAUUUUAAAAAGUAUCAGAAUGUUUUUUAUUAUCAUGGAAGUUUGCUUCACUCGAGAAUAUAUUUUGAUAUGAACCAUGUUUAUUUUAAGAUGUAGUGUGUUGUGGAAUAUUUUACGAGAAAUACAUAAAUUUGUCUUCUUUACCGCCAGUCUGGACCAAGAAUAAUAUAAUGUUUUUACCUUGCAAUUGUAGUUGAAUACCAAAUGUUAUAGCGUCACUGCCUACUUGUUAAUAUAUCUUCAUGGACAUAGCGUUAAUAAAUAAAUGAAACUAUGUACUGCUAGUAGGAAAUAUCCGAUAUUGUUGGGUUCCCUUGGAUUAAUUGAAGACGAGUAUUGUUGGUCAGGAACCUCAGCGUACUCAUGUAUGCCCCAUUCAUAUUCCGUCAAGUUUGUUACAUCACUGCUUGAUAUAAGGUUGUUUUUACAUUUAGCGGCAUACAUGGUGGCCUCAACAUUUUUGUUAUAUUGUUUUUCAUUAUACCCUUAUGUUGUUAUACCCAUAAAGCUCUGUGCGAGCGUGAGUGUGUGUGCGAUCACUAGAAAAAUUAAGUACCUAAUUUUUAGGUGGUAUUUUUAAUGUAGGAUAAUUCUAAAGAAGAAUAAGCUUAGUAUAUAAAUUAUUGUGUGUGUAUUUUCUGUUUAUAACUUGUACCUACAUGGAGCGAAUGUUUGAGACUCUGGUCCUCUGGUACAAUAGAUUUAAAACAUAUUCUAGCGUUUUAUACAAAGAUAUCAGUUCGAGAGU